AGAGAGGGAGGAAGGCCGCAGGCCGCCGCAGGCUGCGGGGAGAGGAGGCGUCUGGGCUUCAGGCAAGGCCGCUGCCCCCGAGGCCGCCACCUCCCUCCCCGCUGCCACGGCAGGAAGCGGCGGGCGGAAAGGAGGAGCAGGAGGAGGAGGAGGAGCAGCAGCAGCAGCAGCAGCAGCAGCAGCAGCACCAGGAGCGCUGCCCCGGUCGCCGCGGCCGCCGCCGGGCCCGGAGCGGCCUGGGAGGAGCUCGCGGGGCCCCCCCGCAUCCCGUCGAGCUUUGCGCGGCUGCGGCCCUGGGGCUCCCGGCGCGCGGCGCUGCGCGUCUCCAGAAGUUUCCUGGGGCGGCGAUGGCGGCGGCGGCUGCUCCGCGGUUCUCGGACGGGGACAUCGACCGGGACCCGGGGGCAGCGGCGCAGGAGCUGACAACAGCUUUGGAGAAGAAUCCAGACAAUGCCAAGUAUUAUUGUCAGCGAGCUUAUGCUCAUAUCCUUCUACAGAAAUAUGCUGAUGCAGUUGCAGAUGCAAAGAAGUCCCUAGAGCUCAACCCGAAUAAUGCUGUAGCGCUCCUUAGAAAAGGGUUAGGUGAAUAUUAUAUCAACAACUAUGCAUCUGCUUUAGAGUCUUUCAGAGAGGGACAAAGAUUGGACAAUGUAGAUGAUACCUUUACUAUUUGGAUUAAAAGAUGUGAAGAAAGACUAAAUGCAUCACAGACAGAAUUGAACACAGAGCAGCAACCUCUGCCACCAAAGAUCAAAUACGACUGGUACCAAACAGAAUCUCAAGUAAUUGUGACUAUAAUGAUCAAGAAUGCCCAGAAGGAUGGUGUCUGUGUGCAGUUCUUGGAGAAAGAGAUGAAUGCAUCAGUGAGACUUCCAUCAGGUGAAGACUACAACUUAAAGCUUGUUCUUCUUCAUUCUAUAGUGCCCGAGCAAAGUACUUUUAAAGUGCUUUCCACAAAGGUUGAAAUAAAAAUGAAAAAGCCAGAGGCUGUAAGAUGGGAGAAGCUGGAGGGCCAGGGAGAUUCUUCUAAGUUAAAGCAAUUUACACCAGAUACCCAGCACUUAUAUCCAUCAUCCUCUCACUAUACGAGGAACUGGGACAAGCUGGUAGUUGAAAUCAAGGAAGAGGAGAAGAAUGAGAAGUUAGAAGGAGAUGCUGCUUUAAAUAAACUCUUCCAGCAAAUUUAUUCAGAUGGUACAGAUGAAGUGAAACGUGCCAUGAACAAAUCAUUUAUGGAGUCUGGAGGCACAGUUCUGAGCACCAACUGGUCUGAUGUUGGUAAAAGGAAGGUAGAAGUAAACCCUCCUGAUGAUGUGGAAUGGAAAAAAUUCUAAUCCUAUUCUUAAUCUUUUACCAUCUUUGUGUUGCCAUAGUCAUGUACUGACCACUGUGUAUGGACAUAGCAGUCUUGGAUUCAAAGCACUGAAUGUUCCCUUGGAAACAGGAAUUUGUCCGUAUAUUUUGCGUGCUUUAGAAAUUCCUUCCUCUGCAGAUGUUAAAGAUAUUCUUCGGAGUGGAGCCCUGUUUUUAUCAUCUCUGUCUAAUGUUUGGAAAUUGAGUCAAUCAGUCUAAAUUUUCUACCGCCUUUAUCAGCUCUGCUCUUUGGGGAUAGGGUGAUCUGUAAUGGGCUGGUCAGGAUUAUUGCCUUACGCCCCAUAUUUCUGUUCAAUAACUUAUUACAUCUUGGCAACUUUGGGGUAAGACACUUUUCAACAACAGUGUUAAAAUUGUUUGCUCUUUAACUCUGCUAAAUAAAACUGUAAAUAUAAAUUUUUCUAUA